AUGCUGAGUUCUAUAGUUUGCGGCUUCAAUUUGAAUCACGAAGAAGAAGAUGGAGCAUGUCAAAGUAGUUCUACUUCUACCCCAAAGAAGCACUCAAAAAGAAGGGACAAUAACAGGGACAAGAAUCCAUACUCAACACGUGGAUUAGACAAGUUUUCUGAACUUCUUGCUGAACUCGAUGAGAGAAGGAAGAAGGUUUAUUCCAAGAUGAACCCUCACGACAUAUCCUUCAUUCGAUUUGCGUAUUCCGACAAUGAUGAUUUCGUCCCCAUCAUCGUCAAGGUGAAGAACAAAGACCAAAAUCAGAAGAAGAACAGCAAGAGAGAUGAUCAAGAAGAUGAAAAGCUCAAGGUAAGAGUAAGACACAUGACAUCUUUUUCGGAGCCAAUGCAAAAAACUUCGGAAAAAGAAUCAAAGCAGCAACAACAACAACAACCCAAGUUGUUGGAAUCUGAUAACAGGAGUUUGUUGUUCUCUUUGGACAGGAUGAAGUAUCCAUCUUUCUAUGUUCCGGCUGUUAUGAUAUUGAUUUUGGUGUUCUUGACGGUGUUUGGUAGAUCGGUGGCAACACUUUGCACGUGUGUUUUGUGGUAUGUAAUUCCAGUGUUGAGUGAUACCUCUUUUUCUUCUUCUUCUUCAUCAAGUUCAAAGCCAAUAAAAAAAAUUGUAAGGAAUACAAAUAAGAAGGAAUAUGUGAGAGGAUUGAGUGAAAAGAAGAUGGUGGUGAUGAAUGAGGAUUUAAAUUUUCCAUCAAAGAACAAUGGUUCACCGAAACAUGGCCACCAAAACAGCUGGUGA